AUGACAGGGGGAAGGCCUCACAGGCAUAGAACACUGGUCAAGCCAACACUCUUGACAGCUCUCAUCUUAUCGACAUGCAUAUCUUACUGGUUAUAUAAGGUCAACACAAUCGUGCCUGAUCCAUACCUGGAUGAAGCCUUUCAUGUCAGACAGGCACAAGCGUAUUGGAGGCAUCAGUGGAGAGAAUGGGAUCCGAAGAUUACAACACCACCAGGAUUGUAUCUACUUUCCUAUGUCGUCGCGGCAGUAGGAUUUGUGAUAUCUCGCAAACCAGCAGUUCUGACUGCUGCUUAUCUUCGAUGCGCGAAUGGAUUUAUUCUGCUUAACAUUCUACCGAUUGUGCUGAAGAGAUUGAUGAAGCAUGUACGAGGAUCAUCAGGGGCCGAAAAGGGGGUUUCGGCGGAGCGGCAGUCAGGCUGGGAAUUUACUAUAAUAGCGUUGAAUAUCUGCCUAUUUCCGCCGAUAUUUUUCUUUUCUGGCCUUUACUAUACGGAUCUGGCCUCGCUACUCAUCGUGCUGGAGGUUUAUCGUCGGGAUUUGGAGAGUGCUAAUGGAGCACAUUUAAAUUCCCAAAACGCCUUGUCCUCGCCUCACUCCAUCCUGCUCUUCCUUUUUGGCCUGGUGUCCCUGUUAUUUCGCCAGACGAAUAUAUUUUGGUCAGCAGUAUUCCUAGGUGGAUUGCAAGUCGUCAAGAUGCUGCAUUCUUUGAGCGUAGACGCCCAUUCCUCUGACAUCACAUCAAUUAUGAAGUCGAGCUGGGGCCUUCGACAAGUUUACGAUCCACUGGUUAGAGAGGCAUUUUUUGAAGACUAUCUCAAGGCUUGUCUAUCAAUCGGAGUCGCCGCAGCGGUGAAUACUCGCGUCAUCUUCGUUGCACUUUUACCAUACAUCAGUCUCCUUGGUGCAUUCGGGAUGUUUGUUCUCUGGAAUGGCAGUGUGGUUCUUGGUCAUAAAGAAUUCCACACAGCCGGGCUGCAUGUCCCUCAGAUGCUGUACAUCUGGGCCUACUUUAUGUUCUUUUCCUGGCCGGUUAUGGUCGCGCCAUGGGUUCUAGCUCUGCAGAGAGCUUUCAGCUCUAAAAAUGGCAUGCGUGAACUCGCCAAAAGCCUCCCUCGACUUAGCAUUGCCGCGUGUUUCAUUGUGAUGAUGCUCCUAGCGGUCCAUUUCAACACCAUUGUUCACCCCUUUACUCUUGCCGAUAACCGCCAUUAUGUAUUUUACGUUUUCCGGAUGCUACUUCGAAAGCCGUUCAUCAAGUAUGCUGUCACUCCGGUAUAUUUUCUCUGUGGUUGGGCCUCCAUCUCAGCUUUCGGCGCAGGAACUUCAACUGCGGCAGAACCCCAGCCUGGUCCAGCCCCUAUGAAGUACAAAAGGGCCGGUGGUUCAGCAUUAACAGGAGGCACGGCUGACUCUCCGAAUUCCCUGCACUCUAAGCGUGAUGACCCAACUGAUGGAGUCCGAGUCAGCUUUGUGAUCGUGUGGCUCGCAUCAACAACUCUUUGCCUAAUUACCGCACCUCUCGUUGAGCCACGGUAUUUUAUCAUUCCUUGGGUCUUAUGGCGGUUACAUAUCCCCUCAUCGAUAUAUUCGCUGCAACUAAGCCGGAGCGACAACGUCACUGCAUCCUCCAACGAGGCGAGCAAGCAGCUCAUCCGAUACUUACCUCUGAUAAUCGAGGGAGUAUGGUUCUUGAUAGUAAACGCGGUGACAGGGUACAUGUUUCUAUACAGAGGGUUUGAAUGGCCGCAAGAGCCGGGAAAGGUGCAGCGAUUUAUGUGGUAAGAAGAGGAAGCAUUGGAAGAUGAUUGAUGCUCCCUCGAGGACAGCACCGAAGGUGGAUAAACUCCAGGCCUGUCGAUGUCUUCGAAGGAGUUCGGACAUCUGUCAUAGGUUCUUGUCUUCAUCUUUCCAUCCCCGGCGACCACUUUUGAGAUGGGGAAAGGGGAAAAGGGGAUAUGCCCAUUUGAAUGAGCUGUUAGAGCUACCUCAUAAUAUAGCUAAGUACGGAGUACCGAAGAGGGAAUCCGGAUUUUCCCUCAGUACUACGUAUCUGGUAGCCCAGUGGCGCUAGAGACACGAAGUAGGCCUACUGGAAGAGUUCAUCGCCCUGACAGGCUAAAAGGGAGGAGGGAAGCCAGUUAAAGCCGCUAAUGAUAUGUAGCAAGGUCCGGAUCAAAGCUGCUCUGUCAUUCUAUUCUCUAAAGUAAACCACAAUCCCCUCAUUUAUUUGCCUAUUGUUGAACUGCUGGUAGAAAUCACACUGUAUCUAGACUUCACGACUAUUAUAAUCUUAGUACUACAAGCCAUUAAAUGUAUAACUAGUUAAUAUAUGGGAGACUGGGACGCAAA